CCAUUUUCCCAGCACUAUUAAUCACAACCGCCUUUGGACUGAGUUCAUUAGUUCCAUUUGUGAGAUCAGAAUUUCCCAUAUCAGAUUUCUCGCUUGUGACUGAACUAUGGCUUCCGUGCAAGGCCCAUCAUCAUCUCAUUUGAGACUUUUCGUAGAUAGACAAAGCAACAAAGUGGUUGUGGCCGAAGCAAGUGGAGAUUUCAUUGACGCUCUCCUCAGUUUCUUAACGCUUCCAUUGGGAACCAUCAUUCGCCUUCUGUCCAACAAGCAAACCCAUCGAUCAUCAGCAUAUGUUGGCUGCAUCAACAACCUCUACCAAAGUGUCCAAAAUUUCGACACGGAGGUUUUUUGGAAUGGAAUCUGCAAGAAAAUGUUGCUAUGUCCACGUAAUCCGUGCGAGAAGCUUUGCCAGAAACUAAGAUUCAAUGUGGACGAUACGGAGCCCACUAAGUAUUUGAUGUGUGGUUCCUGUAGACAGGGUAGUGAUAAAUGGCUAAGUACUUUUUCAGGAGUGGGUUGCUCAUGUGGGAAACUGAUGGACCAAGGGACGAAAGUGGUGGAGGAGGAAGAUAAUAAUCCCAAAGGAGGUGUUUUUGUUAGAGGCGAGAGUAUGUAUUUGAUCUUUGAUGAUCUAACGGUUCUUCAGAAUUCUGCAUGUAACACUAUUCACCAACUUGUCCAACUCGGCUACAGUGACUUCACCAAGCUCACUGAAAUCUCCCCAACCGUCGGCUUAAACCAGAUUAUUGAGUUGUUGAGGCGUGCCUUGGUCUCCACAUCACCUCUUACUGACGUAUUCUUGACUCCAGAAGCUGCUAGAUCCAAGCCUAUGUCCUCUUUCACGCCUAGACCAGCUUCACAAAAUGUGAAGAAGACUCAGUCUUCAUGUAAUCUCAAGAUAACAGUGAGCAAGUCAAAGAACAAGAUCCUGUUUGCUGAGGCUGACGAAGAUUUCGCUGAUUUUCUAUUCGGCUUCCUCACCAUGCCUCUUGGAUCUACUCUCAAACUUUUAGAUGGCAAUGUCAAUUUGGGAUCUAUGCAUGGUCUAUAUAAAAGUGUCAAGGCUCUGAAUCCUUCAUGGUUUGGACGUUAUCGCUAUCCACACUCUCCGUUCUCUCCAUUAUUGGAUCUGAAGGUGGCUUCUCAAUAUGGCUGUAAAAAGCAGAGAUUAGAUGUCCAUGAAGAAGAAAGCCCUUGUUACUAUUAUGGCAUAGGUAUUGGUCGAAAUAACGCAACCUAUGGAAGCCAUAAUGAAGUGAUUUCAAAUGACCGGGGAAAGAUAAAGAAUGCAUCAAAAGUGGAACUUUUUGACCCAAGAUGUGCUGAUGGAAGGAAAGAAGCUGUGGGAUUUGUGAGGAGACCAGCACUUUUAGCCGUGACGGAUGAUCUUCAGCUCAAGUCAUUGGCGUCUACUUCAAGCAUUUCCUUUCUGCAGAAAUUGAAGGUCCCUCUGAACGAUUUGGAACAGCAUGAGGUGACAAUUCACAAGACUGAGGCACUGAAUCUGUUGGGAGCAUCAUUGACAUCCAAAGCUGCAUUGACGAAUGGGCUUUUCUACCUGGUGAAGAAGCAGAAGGAAGAACCCACAAUCUGAACGCUUUGUAGUUGGUUAAAGCUAAGAGAAGAGGCAUACUAGAAAUUCUGAAAUAUAUGAUAUGUUCAUGUUUAAAUCCGUGCCAGUGUUUGUAAACUUAAAUAAGUGAAAAGAAUUUGGUUACUGUCUGUUUGGCUGGGCGUUCAAAAGCCAAUAAGUAACUUAUAGCCUACCAUAAGCCUGAUUAAAAAUUAAGAGUAUGUUUGUUUAAGUUAUUGGGCUAUCUUAGUUAUGCCCAAAAGUUGCCCUCAA